ACACCCGUUUGUUCACAUUCAAGUUCCCUUUUUUACUCUAUUGUGUGAGCAAGUUUUCAGCACCACGGACAGGGUGGACAGCGCCUCAGCAUGGAGCCGUACACGGUGUCCGGAGCCCAGCUCUCCCUGUCAGACCUCUACUCUGUCAUCCCCUUCAACGUCACCUUCCCGGACGAGGAGAGCGGUUUGAUGGGUGACAGAAUGCAGAACGGUACGGAACGGCAGAACCCGGCGAGGAGCGCAGGAGGGAUAAUCAUAGCCAUAUCCAUCACGGCGCUCUACUCCGUCAUUUGCGUGGUGGGACUUCUGGGCAACAUCCUCGUUAUGUACGGGGUUGUGAGAUACACAAAGAUGAAGACAGCCACAAACAUCUACAUCUUCAACUUGGCUUUAGCCGACGCCUUGGCCACCAGUACGCUGCCCUUCCAGAGCGCCAAAUACCUGAUGAAUACGUGGCCGUUCGGCGAGGUCCUGUGCAAGCUCAUUAUCGCUAUCGACUACUACAACAUGUUCACAAGCAUCUUCACCCUCACCAUGAUGAGCGUAGACCGCUAUAUCGCCGUUUGCCACCCGGUCAGGGCUCUGGAGUUCCGGACGCCGGUCAAAGCUAAGAUGAUCAACGUCCUCAUCUGGGUAUUGUCGUCGGCGAUCGGAGUGCCCAUAAUGAUCAUGGCCGUGACCAAAGAGGCUAGCAAUGGAAAAACCCUGUGCAUGCUGAAGUUCCCUGACCCUGACUGGUACUGGGACACGGUCACUAAGAUCUGUGUCUUCAUCUUUGCCUUCGUGGUCCCUGUCAUGGUCAUCACUAUAUGCUACGGCCUGAUGAUUCUUCGCCUGAGGAGCGUCCGUCUGCUUUCCGGCUCUAAGGAGAAAGACCGGAACAUGCGACGUAUCACCCGCAUGGUCCUGGUGGUGGUGGCCGCUUUCAUCAUCUGCUGGACCCCCAUCCAUAUUUUCAUUAUCGUCAAGACCAUGGUGGAGAUCGACAGCAGGAACCCCUUCGUGAUAGCCAGCUGGCACCUGUGCAUCGCUUUAGGCUACACCAACAGCAGCCUCAACCCUGUCCUUUACGCAUUUUUAGAUGAAAACUUCAAGCGAUGCUUCCGGGAUUUCUGUCUUCCGUGCCGAACCCACGUGGACGGGAACAGUCUGACCAGGGGCCGCCACACCACCAGGGAGCCGGUGUCCAUCUGCGCUCCAUCAGAAGGAGGGAAAAAGCCGGCAUGACUAGGCAUGGACCGGGUCCCCUACGGCUCUCGUUCGAGGAGGAUCCAACAAGAUCUGCAAUCGGAGGUCACCCAGAUCUCCACGACUGAAUUUUAAAAGAUCUUUGCAAGAAAACAGUUCCGAUGCUUACUCUCUGCAAAUUGGAAGACUCACUUGGCAUUCAAAUAAAGUGCUGAAAACAAAAAGAAGCAACAAAAGAAAUGGAAUAUGUUCACUUUAGAGAAAAUGUGCUGUCUCACAAAAGCAGCGACAGUAAAUGGGGUGAUGGUGAGAGCCCAAAGAAUUAAUCGAAACGCUAAAACAUGGCUAAGCAUAAAAGAUAAAACAGUUGAUGAUAAGUUUGCCUGGGGAAUCACAUUUUGAGAGGGCCAGACUUUUUGAUGAUGCAAAAAUCAGUAGUCGGUGUUAUGUCUGCCUAAAGGACCAGAUUUUGAGAGUGCCAGACUUUUGGAUGAUGCAGAAAGGACCGAGAAAUACCAAGCAAAAUGACAUCAUCCAGGUCGAGCUUUGUAAUAAAACUGUUUGAAAAGGAAACAAAAGAGAAGGAUCUGUACCAAUAGCCUUUCUGCCUGAAACUUUACCAUUUCUCCUGCUAAUAAACACUUGUAUAUUCAACAAAAUAAAUGAUUUAGUUCUUCAACGGCAUGAAACAAAUGAGCCUUACAGAGCAAAACCUCACAUCUUACCCACCGACAGCUGGAUGAUGAAUUAUUACGUAGUGUGUUGCACAACAAGGUCAACCACUUUCUACAUGAAGAAUUUGGGAAAUCUUUGCUACUCUAUGUGAUACAGUCAACCUUUUGUUUUACAUUUUUUUUUCUCUCAAAUGAUGAAAUAUUCCUCCGCCGUCGGCUUUUGAAAGAGAAUUCGGGGGCUUAAUGUUCCGGGGAUUUAAGCAGACUGUCACAAAAUCACUACCAAGCACAGUUUGGAAGGUUUUUUUUUUAUGCUUUUGAAGAAAAAAAUCACAAAUAGUGUCAAAUGAAACCACAGAGACGUAGAUUUCAAUGGACUUAAAGUAUUUUCUGCUCACCUGCUUGGCUUUUAUGGGUGGCGUGAAGCCUUCAGAGAGCCCCCUAAGCAGAAUCAUUCAACAAUGAUAAGCCUGCUCCGCGAGAACACUAUUGGCAACCAAAACACGUUACUUACCCUUAGUGAAAACAAAUAGAAAAUGAAGGAACUCGCUUCAAGUUGGACAGAGAGGAGCUUCAUCUCUACGCAGAGGUGUCAACAUCCGAGCUGCUUCAAGGAGAUUAUUGAUCUGCAUUUCAAACAAGGGGGAUAAAAAAA